AUGGCCCAACGCCUCAAGGGCAAGACGAUUGUAAUCACGGGCGCUUCGAGUGGAAUUGGACGAUCUACAGCCGUCGAAUUCGCAAAGACGCAGCCAGACGAUCUCAAGCUCAUCCUCACUGCACGUCGGGAAGACACGCUCAAGGAAGUCGCCAAAGAAAUUGAAAGUUUUGCCAAGGGCGUCAAGGUCCUGCCUGUGAAGCUGGAUGUCAGCAAUAUAUCCGAAGUUGAGGCUUUUGUUGGGAAGUUACCAGCGGAGUUCAAGGAUGUGGAUGUUCUGGUAAAUAAUGCUGGCCUAGUCAAAGGCGUCGCCCAAGCCCCCUCCAUCUCCCCCGCCGACAUCAACACAAUGUUCUCCACAAACGUCACCGGCCUAAUCGCCAUGACCCAAGCCAUCCUGCCCAUCCUCAAAGCCAAAGACGCCGGCGACAUCAUCAAUAUCGGUAGCAUCGCCGGCCGCGAGCCCUACCAAGGCGGCUCCAUCUACUGCGCAACAAAAGCCGCUGUCCGGUCCUUCACGGACGCCAUGCGCCGCGAACUCAUCGCCACGCGCGUCCGCGUCAUCGAGAUCGAUCCGGGGCAGGUGGAGACGGAGUUUAGCGUCGUGCGGUUUGGCGGGGAUAAGGACAAGGCGAAGAAGGUGUAUGAGGGCGUGGAGCCGCUGACGCCCGAGGAUAUUGCCGAAAUAGUGGUUUUUGCGGCGGGCAGAAGGGACAAUGUCGUGCUCGCGGAUACGCUGGUGUUUCCGAAUCAUCAGGCGGCGGCGACAGUUAUGCACAGGAAGACGCAGUGA